AUGGCGUCCCCGCAGCUCAGCAAUGCGGCGUCUCGGUCGGCGUCUCGGUCGGGGUCGCGCUCGCCCUCGCCUCCUCAGGCCAUCUUCUUCCGGGGCAGCCGCCCUCCCUCUCCUUCGCUCGUUCCCGGAUUUCUUAAUCUCGAGGCUGUGGAUCGGAAGUUAAGGGAACUCACCCCGAGGCCGGAAGAACGAACCAUCGAGGGGGAGCGCCUGGAGGCGCUCCAACUCCGUGACGAACUCGUCGAGCUGGGCGGCAUCCCCUUGCGGCCGUGGGUCGAGUUCGACGCUGAAGGCCUCACCGACGAGCAGCGCGGAGACGACAACGGGGAGUGGCGCAUUAUGGACCUAUAUCUGACGGAAGCGGAGGCCCGGCGGACCGAACUGAAAUUGUGGAGGCGCUUUGCCAAGCGCCGGGCGAUGGACGGCGAACCCGACUUUCGAUCCGUGGACCAGGUUGAUCUCCUCGUCGCCUUUAUCGCCUACCUUCGAGGUCACCUGCAAAGGGACAUGGAAGACCGCACCAAACCCGGCUUCGAAGUAUGGGACACUUAUCUCCAGUUUUCAUACUACAGAGAUGUGAUCGAUGAUAUGGCCCGAGUCCUUCCGCUCGCCGAACGCCGGCUCCACAUACUCCGGAGCGAACGGGGCGACCCACCGGCGGUCGAAGAGGUCGAGGUGACGACCGAAUCUCUCAUAAAAGAAUACAACCUUCCCGAAGCCGGUAUGUGGGUGUGGAUGUGGCAAUAUUCACAAGAAGAAGCCGAGUACCGCAUGGCAGGGCUGUCGCCGCCACAUCCUGCGGAUUCGCGCAAGCGAUUAAGAGAGGAUGAUGGGGAUGAGGAGGAGGAGGAGGAGGAGGCGGAGGAGGAGGAGGAGGAGGCCACAAGGCCGUCAAAGCGCAGAGCUCCCCCCUCGGAACCGGUCGCGGAGGCAACGGGCUUCACGCACCCAAAGAUGCAGAGGGAGCAAAGCCAAAGCGCACAGCAGGAUUCGCGCAAGCGAUCAAGAGCGGAUAUUGAGGAUGAAGAGGAAGAGGAAAAGGCAACAAGGCCGUCCAAGCGAUCAAGAGUGGUUGAUGAGGAUGAGGAGGAGGAUGGAAAGGCCACAAGGCCGUCAAAGUGCAGCGCUGCGCCCUCGGAACUGGUCGCAGAGAACACGGGCUCCACGCACCCGGAGAUGCGGAGGGAGAAAAGCCAAAUCGCCCAGCAGAAUUCGCGCAAGCGAUCAAGAGCAGAUGAUGAGGAUGAAGAGGAAGAAGAGAAGGCAACAAGGCCGUCCAAGCGAUCAAGAGUGGUUGAUGAGGAUGAGGAGGAGGAGAAGGACGAAGAGAAGAAGGAGGAGGAGGCCACAAGGCCUUCAAAGCGGAGAGCUGCGCCCUCGAAGCCGGUCGCAGAGGCCACGGGCUCCACGCGCCCAGAGAGACAGAGGGUGCAAAGCCAGAGCGCACAGCAGGGCAGCGACGAGCGAGGCGAAUCGUCGGGCCGCGGCAGCGUACCAGCGGCAGAAGCCCGCCAAGCGGAGAGCAACGACGGCCAGGACAGGCCAAGGAGAGCCAGGAGGAAGCCGGCCGCGACAGCAAACAGCGAGAUUGUCGGCAGGCCGUCGCGGUCAGGCAGGGGCAGGGGCAGGGCUGUGCCGGAGAAGAAGGCGAGCGAGCCGGCAAGACGCAGCACCAGGGCAAGACCAGUCGUGGGUGAAGGCUCAAUCAUAGAUGCCCAGGGACGGAGGAGGAGUGCGAGGAUUGCCGCGAGGAAGGCGCGGGUGAGUCCAAGUGCCACUGGUGACAACCCGAACCCGCAACGUUGA